GCAAGAAAUAUUAAAGGCACAUCCUGCAUUUUUCUUUUUUUUCUCUUUCGUCUUUCUUUUUUUCUUUGAAACAAUGAACCGCAUGAUUGCCUCCAAGACUCGUUCUUUGGCCAACUCUACUGGCGUUCUUCGUCGUCUUUACUCUACACACAAGGAUAUCAAGUUUGGUGUUGAUGGUCGUGCUGGUCUCUUGCGCGGUGUUGACAUCUUAGCCAAAUCUGUUGCUGUCACUUUAGGUCCCAAGGGUCGUAACGUCUUAAUUGAACAACCCUAUGGUUCUCCCAAGAUUACCAAGGAUGGUGUUACUGUUGCUAAAUCCAUUGUUUUGGAAGACAAGUUUGAAAACUUGGGUGCUCGUCUUGUUCAAGACGUUGCCAACAAGACCAACGAACUUGCCGGUGAUGGUACUACUACUGCUACUGUCUUGACCCGUGCUAUCUUCUCUGAAGGUGUUAAGAACGUCGCUGCUGGUUGUAACCCCAUGGAUCUUCGUCGUGGUGCUCAAAUGGCUGUUGAUGCCGUUGUCGAUUUCUUGAAGCAACACACCAAGAUCAUCACUACUCCACAAGAAAUUGCUCAAGUAGCCACUAUUUCUGCUAAUGGUGACAAGCAUGUAGGUGAGAUGAUUGCUCAAGCUAUGGAGCGUGUUGGUAAGGAAGGUGUCAUCACUGUCAAGGCUGGUAAGACCAUUGACGACGAAUUGGAAGUUACUGAGGGUAUGCGUUUCGAUCGUGGUUUCAUCUCCCCUUACUUCAUUACCGAUACCAAGACUCAAAAGGUCGAAUUCGAAAAGCCUUUGAUCUUGUUGUCUGAAAAGAAGAUUUCUUUGCUCAGCGAUGUCAUGCCUGCUCUUGAAGCUGCUGCUACUCAACGUCGUCCUCUCUUGAUUGUUGCUGAAGAUGUUGAUGGUGAAGCUCUUGCUGCCUGUAUUUUGAAUAAGCUCCGUGGUCAACUUCAAGUUGCUGCUGUCAAGGCUCCUGGUUUUGGUGAUAACCGUCGUAACAUUUUAGGUGAUAUUGGUAUCUUGACUCAAUCUACCGUCUUCUCUGAUGAUGUUGAUCUCAAGUUGGAAAGAGCUACCCCUGACUUAUUCGGCACUUCUGGCUCUGUUACUAUAACUAAGGAAGAUACUAUCAUCAUGAACGGUGCUGGUUCUAAGGAUAUCAUCACUCAGCGCUGUGAGCAAAUCCGUGGUGCCAUGGCUGAUUCUAGCACUUCUGAAUACGAAAAAGAAAAGCUUCAAGAACGUCUUGCUAAGCUCUCUGGUGGUGUUGCUGUCAUCAAUGUCGGUGGUGCCUCUGAAGUCGAAGUUGGUGAAAAGAAGGAUCGUUUCGAUGACGCUCUCUGUGCUACCCGUGCUGCUGUUGAAGAAGGUAUUGUUCCUGGUGGUGGUGUUGCUCUCUUGAAGGCUGCUAAAUCUCUUGCCAACUUGAAGGGCGCCAACUUUGAUCAACAACUUGGCAUCAACAUUAUCCGCCAAGCCAUUCAAAACCCUUGCCGUACCAUUGUUGACAAUGCUGGUGGUGAAGGUUCUGUGGUAAGUGGUAAGCUUCUUGAAGAACACCCUGAAAACAUCAACUGGGGUUACGAUGCUUCUACCAACGAAUACUGUGAUAUGAUUGAGCGUGGUAUUAUUGAUCCUACCAAGGUUGUUCGCACCGCUUUGGUUGAUGCUUCUGGUGUUGCAUCUCUCUUGACUACCACUGAAUGCAUGAUUACUGAUGCUCCCACCAAGUCUACUAGUAUGCCUGCCGGUAUGCCAGGUAUGGGAGGUAUGGGCGGUAUGGGUGGUAUGGGUGGCAUGAUGUAA